AUGACGACUGCUGGUGCUUCUCCCUCGAGCUCGCCUCGAUUACCCAGUCCGCCGCCGUUCACUGAGGUGCAGAUUGGGCCCCAAUCUCCUACUGUUGGCGAAACGUUCGGGGCUACCAGCGAAGAGAUCCUGGGGCCUACCGACUCCUCGACUCUAAAUCCCAUAACCCGUGACAUUGCGCGGGAUCUCGCAGAGCCUCCGGAGGGAGUAGAACGGUCGCUAUGGCUGUAUGAGCUCUGUCGAUUCCUCACCAUGAAAGCGAACAACCUCAUUGUCGCUUUUUUUGCGGAAGAUCCUCCUUGUUCUGCUCAAACAUGCCCCGAAAUGCGUGCAUCCGAAUGGCAAUACUUAUGUGCCGUCCACGAUCCUCCAAAAUCAUGUUGUGCUAUUGAUUACUGCUGUCACACUCUUGACUGGGCUGCGAAUAUCUUGACAUCUCCAAAAUACUUCCCGAGCAGAUUGACUCUUGGCUCGGAGUCAUCCGGGGGACCCCAAACGAGCAUGAAGCAUCUUACCAACAUUUUCCGCCGUGUUUAUCGGAUAUUUGCCCAUGCAUGGUUCCAACAUCGUGAGGUAUUUUGGCAGGUUGAAGGUCACGACGGUCUGUAUAUUUUCUUUAAGACGGUCUGCGACGUCUAUAAUCUCAUUCCAGAGGACAACUAUACGGUCCCAAAAGAAGCAGAAGGACUCCAGCCACCCAGCAAGCCAGACCCGGAGCAUGACUCCAAUAAACGAAUGACCAUUAUGCGGAAAGAAUCAGAAACUCGAGCAGAGAAGCCAGCUCCAGACGAACAGUCAGAGCAGACCAUGUUAAAUGUUGCAGCUACCACCAGGCGGCAUAAAGCUACUCCCUCAGUCGGGGCCAUUGUUCCGACUAUCACAGAAGCAGCAGAAGACGACGACGACGACGACACAAACAAAAAUAGGCAGCUACCUGAUGAGGAAGACUCUGAUUUAAAACUCCCCGAUCCUUCAGUUUCUGAAACAAAACCCGGCCAAUUGUCAGUCCCAUCCAUAGAAGCUCCCGCGAAUGACGAAAACUUGACUGAAAGACGCGCACCUGACGAUGAUGGGAUGGAGAAGUCGGGAGCAAUCACACCGCCACCGGUCGAGCCAACAUCAGAGAGCGAUUCACAAGAGCAGAGCGAAAAACCCAAUGACUCUCCCAAACAGGAAGAAUCGAAUGAUUCCCCCGUAAACAAUGAAAUAGACGUCUUCGAACCAGAUACUCCAGUUGACGAUUCGAAAGCUAGCGAGGUAGAUUUGCCAAAAGAAAACCCAACAAUUCCCGAAUCAGAAACGCCGAAACCAGAAAACGACCCCUCUGAUGAGAUUACUGAUAUUGACCCUGUUAGUCCCGAUCUCCCGGGAAGUCCUGGAAGCCCUGGAGCCCCUACUACCGCAAUUGAAGUCAAAGCUGCUGACUCGGACAAACCUUUCUGA